ACCACAAAGGACUUUUGCGGCGAUAAAACCGUGAAGCAGCCAUCCUGCAGCGGGACUUCAUCAAACCAGCGGUCGGUGGGCUACUACGAGGGCUGGAGUCUUACACGCUCUUGUGACACAAUGGAGCCUGAAGACAUUCCCGCUGGAGCUUAUACCCACAUCAAUUUUGCCUUUGCCUUCGUCGAUCCAAGCAGCUACAAGAUAGCGCCUAUGGCUGCGGACCAGGUUCCUCUGUACAAGAGGGUAACUGGCCUCAAAGAUUUCCAGCCCGGCCUCGAAGUCUGGAUCAGUGUCGGAGGAUGGAGCAUGAACGACCCCGAUCAACCUACUUACAACACAUUCUCCAAGUUGGCUGCAUCGGAUAGUGCUCAAAGGCAUUCUUCGCCUCUUUGCUGUCACUGGGAAUACCCUGUCGCUGAUGAUCGAGGCGGGAGCCCGGAUGAUUACGACAACUACGUCACCUUCCUUCAGAACUUGAGACAGGCUUUAGGAGCUUCUGGACACAAGUAUGGAGUAUCGAUCACUAUCCCUUCAAGCUAUUGGUAUAUGCGGCAUUUCGAUAUCCAAAACAUCGCCAAGACUAUCGACUGGUUCAAUAUUAUGACGUACGACAUCCACGGCACAUGGGACGGUACCAUAAAAUCUUUAGGCCCCAUUGUCCAACCACACACGAACUUGACAGAAAUCAACGAAUCACUAAACCUUCUGUGGCGAAAUGACAUUGAUCCGGCCCAAGUAGUCCUGGGCCUUGGAUAUUAUGGAAGAAGCUUCACACUUUCAGAUCCGGAAUGCUCCUCACCGGGAUGUACUUUCUCCGGAGGUGGCAGUGCAGGACCAUGCACAGGCAGUGUUGGCACACUCUCAUAUGAUGAGAUCACCGACGUGAUUGCAGCCGGUGCCAAAGUCACUCUUGACAAAGACGCAGCAGUCAAGUAUGCGGUAUGGGGUAACCAGUGGGUUUCGUAUGACGACAAGGAAACACUGGCGAUGAAGAUUGAUUACGCCAACAAGCACUGCCUGGGUGGAACCCUGGUAUGGGCCGUCUCUCAAGACACGGGUGGCGCAGCAACCGAUGCGCUAAACGCCAAAACUGGUCGCAAACAAUUGUCAUUGACCAACAAAGGCACGGGCGACAACAGUCAGGCAUGUUUCAUCUCGGAGUGUAGCGAAAACCCUACCUGUCCCUUUGCAUCUGGUUUUGGUGCCGUUCAACAGAUCAAUGGCAAGCCGCAGGACGUCAAUAUUGGCCACGCAUGUCCUAAAGGUCAAAAGCGUACAUACUGCUGCCCGACCAACGACAUGCCGACUUGUAGGUGGAAAGGGAGUGCUCCAACUUGCGGUAUCAAAGGACAUUGCGACAAUGGAGACCUCGAGUUGACUUACGACACUGGCGGUUGUUCUUCAGGACACAAGGUCCUCUGCUGCACCAACUCAAAAUCGGAUGAGGCGAGAUCCAAGUGCGUGUGGAAAGGUACAGCUCCGGUGUGCAGAAACGACAACAGUUGUCCCUCAGACCAUCCGAAAGAGAUUGCAACCUCCUACUUGGGCGACAACCAGCAACCUUGCGAUUUCGAGGCCAUCAAGAGUAAUACAAAACGAUUGUGCUGUACGGAUCCAUCACCUUACAAUAACUGUGAAUGGUAUUCACAUGGAGAGUCUACGGAGGGAAGAGGAAAGUGUGAUGGCCGGUGUCCCGCCGACAAGCAGCUUGUUGCCACUGAUGACGCCUGCUUCUGGGGUGGUACGAGAACCUUGUGCUGCGACCCACCAUCAACUGUCAACGAUGGCUACGUGUCCAAGUUCCGCGACGAACUCAAGAAUGUUCACGACAACCUUCCCUGCUCCGCAAAAGAACAAUACCCGUACAAGCGUGAUGUCGCGGCACGUGGACUGGAGAGCCGUGAUACAUCAGGGGACCUGUUUGCAGCAAUCUCGGUGCUUCUCAACUCGCGCCACGAGGGAUCAUAUCUACAACAGCAGUACAUGUCUGUGUUUGAUGAGGUGUGGGGGAUGAUGGUCUCAACACGACCCGUUUCAACGACUACUUGGACUUGA